UGGAGGAAAAUUCGUGUAAAGAAAGAUCAUACUAUAUGUUAUUGAAUCUUUGAUAAAAGAAGACAACGGAAAUGUAAUAACUUUCUAUAUAAAAGCUUAUCAUCGAGUGUAAAUGGGUCCAUUAGCAACGGUCGGUCGCUUACUUUCAAUAAUUGGUCUUUUACAAAUUAACUAUGAGUGAAAAUAAAAAUUACUUGCGAGUUACUAUAUAUGAGUCAAUAACGACCACCGUCAGAAAAAAAAAGGUAAAGAAGAAAAAUGAAACGUUCAAGGAAGUUCUCAUCGUCGGCGACAACAACAACCACCACCGUUAUCCACACUUUCUAUAAUGACCAUACUACCCCUCCAGCAACCCCACCUCCGCCUGCCAAAGCAACCGUCAUGACCAACGCCUCAGCCGCAGCACGAAUCCAAUCUGGCUACCGUUCUCACAAGAUCCGAGGCCUCUACAAAACAAUCUCAUCCGUCCAUCGAGAAGCAAACCGUGCACAGAGCAUGAUCCAACGGCAGGAAACUGUAGACGCCAUCAGAAGCGACGAGAAAGAACGGCUGAGGAUGAACGAGACACUUAUGUCUCUGCUUCUGAGACUCGACUCUGUUCCUGGUUUGGAUCCUACGAUCAGAGAAGCGCGGAGGAAGGUGAGCCGUCAGAUCGUGGGGAUGCAGGAGAUACUCGACGCGAUAUCGGAGAGUAGAGACGAGAAUCAGUGGUGGUCUAAUAACUACGAUCACGGAGAAGGCGGCGCGUGGCCUAUGUACUGGGAAGAAGCGGUGGAGGAGGAGAUGAGUAGAGAGAGAGGCGGAGAUGAGAUGGAGAGAUUCUGUGCUCAGUAUUUGGGGUUCAGAUGUUUCCAGAGAUUUCUCAGAGAAUGACGGCUGGUGAAAUUAUCCGGCGUUACGGUAGAUUUUUUAUCUUUUUCCGACAACUUUCGUACGAUAGAUUUAUCUCUCUUUUGUCUUUUCUUAUUUAAGUUAGUCUAUGUUCUGUUAAAUUUACUAACGUCGUUUUGUGAGUAUAUGUAUACGGACAACGCGUCGUCUUGUACUCGUGAAAACGUCAUGUAGUGUUUUGUAUAUCUGUUGACCUUUCCAAUGAAUAAUAGGGCCC